CCAGGGGCUGGGUGGGAAGGGGGGCUUGGGCGGGAUUGUGACAUAAGAUCACCCUGGUAACAUGGAGCAGAACUGGACCCAAUGCUAAUAAAGGUAGUGUAAAUAAAGGUGUCAUAAAGGAUGGGGCGGGGCACGUGCUUGUCAGGGACACCAGCCUCUAGGGUCUGCCAGAAUGGUUCCUGCUCAAUGCACAGAACCAGCGCUUCUCAUGUCUGGGCUAAGUCUCUGGGCCCUAUGGCCCUUCCUCACGUGGCUAAUAGUCCAGGAGGCUCAGCCUCUGGAGUGGGUCAAGGACCCGCUCCAGCUGACCUCUAACCCCCUGGGGCCCACUGAGCCCUGGUCUUCCCGCUCCUCCAAUCUCCCAUGGGAAUCUCUCCAUGGGCUUAGUUCCCCGGCAGACCCGGGGGGCUUUGAUUACCUGGGGUCCUCUGCUUCCUCCCAGAGGUCAGCCCCGCCCAAGGAAUUGACUGAUAAUUUGGUUGAAUUUCUGGACCCAGAGUCAGCUGGAGAGCUGCCCCCCGGGCCCGAGCACUUCUCGUCUGCACACCCGGAUCUGAAUGACAGGCUGACUCGGCAAGAAAGGCUCCCAAAGGAUAUUCUGUAUCCCGGCAGCCUGCCUCCAGAACUCCAGGUGAACUUGGAUGAGCCUCCAGGUCCUCCUAUGGAGCCUGAACUUUCCCCCAGUGAGCAGGAGCAGCCAACUCAGCCUUCUGAAUCUUCUGGGGAGCUUGAACCUUCUCAGACCCAGGAGGACACCCUAGCUCAGCCUCCAGAAGAGAUGGAACCUUCUGCAAUCCAAGAGGAGACCCCAACUGAGCCUCCAGGUCCUCCUAUGGAGACUGAACUUUCCCCCAGUGAGCAGAAGCAGCCAGCUCAGCCUUCUGAGUCUUCUGGAGAGCUUGAAUCUUCUCCAGCCCAGCAGGAAGCCACAGUUCAGGCUCUAGAGCCCCCUAAGGAGGUAGAACCUUCAAGCCAGCAGAUGGUCCCAGCUCAGCUCCCAGAGCCAUCUAAGGAGGUUGCAGCUCAACCUCCAGCUCAUUAUGAGGUGACAUUUCCAACACCAGGUCAGGAUCAAGCUCAGCAUUCAAUGUCAUCCAGCGUUACAGUUCAACCAUUGGAUCUGGGACUUACCCUAACUCCAGAACCCAGUACAGAGGUUGAACAUUCUACACCCCUGAAGACUAUAGUUCAUUCAAAGCACCCUAAGGUGACACUUCCACAUCCAGACCAUGUUCAGACUCAGCAUUCAAACCUGACUCAAACCACAGUUCAACCUUUGGAUCUGGGGCUUACUUUCACUCCUGAAUCCACUACAGAGGUUGAACCUUCCACAGCCCUGACGACUACAGCUCCUCCUCCAAAACAGCCUGAGGUGACACUUCCACCUUCUGACAAGGGUCAGACGCAGCAUCAAAACCUGACUGAAGUCACACAUCCACCUACUGAACUAGAACCUACUCAGGAUUCACUGGUGCAGCCUGAAACUUACGCCCAAAAUAGGGCUUUAACUGUACGGAAAGAACAGGCCUCCACAAGCACCAACAUAUGUGACCUCUGUACCUGCAGAGAUGAGACGCUGUCGUGUAUUGCUCUCAGCCCGAAGCAGAGGCUCCGCCAUGUGCCUGUGCCAGAGCCGAACACCUACAAUGGCACCUUCACUAUCUUGAAUUUACAAGGAAACUAUAUUUCUUAUAUUGAUGGAAAGGUAUGGAAGGCAUACCAUUGGACCGAGAAACUAAUUCUCAGUGAAAAUUAUUUGACUGAAUUAUGUAAGGAUUCAUUUGAAGGCCUGCUAUCCCUGCAGUAUUUAGAUUUAUCCUGCAAUAAAAUACAGUCUAUUGAAAGACAUACAUUUGAAUCACUACCAUUUUUACAGUCUAUAAAUCUUGGUUGCAAUUUACUCACAGAACUGAGCUUUGGAACAUUUCAGGCCUGGCAUGGAAUGCAGUUUUUACACAAUUUAAUUCUCAGUCGCAAUCCUCUGACAACUGUCGAAGAUCCAUAUUUGUUUAAAUUGCCAGCAUUAAAAUAUCUAGACAUGGGAAAAACACAAGUUCCACUUACAGCAGUUAAGAACAUCCUCAUGAUGACUCUUGAAUUGGAAAAACUGAUCUUACCUAGCCAUAUGGCCUGCUGCCUCUGCCAAUUUAAAAAUAGCAUUGAGGUUGCCUGCAAGACAGUCAAGCUGCAUUGCAACAGUGCAUGUCUAACAAACACCAAAAAUUGUCUUGAAAAAGCAUCUAUAGUGAAUCCCGAAGGAGCGUUCAUGAAGGUGUUACAAGCCCGGAAGAAGCACACGAGCACUGAGCUGACUAUUGAGCCAGAGACACCCUCAGACAGCAAAGGCAUCAACUUGUCAGGCUUUGGGAGUGAGCAGCUAGACAUCAAUGAUGAAAGUGAUGUUAUCAGUGCACUAAAUUAUAUCUUGCCUUAUUUCUCGGCGGGAAAUCUAGACGAUGGGGAGGCAAUGUUGUUACCGUUCAUUAAACUGCUUUUUUCAGGUUCACAAGAUGGUGACAGGCCCCUGGGUAUUUUGAAAAACAAUAUAAAGAGCCUCUCUCUUCAACCUGCAUCCAACAACUCAACUUACAAAAAUAAAUUGAGAAAGCUGUAUUUUCUGGAAAAUGUGUUGGAUGCAAAAAUUCAAGAAAAAAUCGAUGAGGUUAAAAGGGAAGAAAAAACUGCCAUGCUUGUACAGUCCAGGCUUUUAGGUCCCAAAUUUAAAAGGCCAAUUUUUGGGACCAAAUUAGAAACUGCCCAACCACAGGAAAACAGCCUGGCAAAAAUUCAAAGUGUAGGGAAAAGCCUGGAGAGAGCAAACACAGUCCUCAUGGGCCCAGGGAGCAUCCAGAAAAGGCACUUCAAAGAGGUGGGAAAGCAGAGCAUCAGGAGGGAACAGAGUGCCCAGGCAUUUGUGGAAAACACUGCCAAAGGAAAAAGUCUUGGGAGUGCAGCCCCAAGGGAACUGGAACAGCCUCACCUGGUGCAGAGGCCCAAGAAGUUAGUGGGAAACACCAUCUACACCAAGCCUUUGUUGACCCAAGAGCAUAAGACAGGGGUCUCCUCUUUGCUGAAACCCUUCUCCAUGGGCAGGCCCUCCGCCUCCACAUCUGCAAAAGCCCAAUUUGAGAUCAAAAACAGUCUAAAGGCUCUGUUCUCUGCAGCAAAGAGCCUCAUAAAUUCCCCUUCAGAAGGGGCUUCUUCAUCUCAAGAAAAUUAUUUUCGAAAACUUUUUGCUCCUUCCAUUGAAACCGCUAUGCCAGAAGGCACCAUCUCUGAAGACACAACAUACAAUAAUCCUCCUGAGGCAGAUUCCACUGGAACUGCGUUCAACCUUGAGCCAACUGUUAAACAAAUCCGUGAAAUAAAAUGGGAAUACAAUGACUUGGGCACUGACCUGUUUCCCAAGCCCAAAAACAAUUACCCAUUGCUCUCAUCCCCAGGUGAUCAGUUUGAAAUGCAGCUAAACCAGCAGCUACGGUCCCUCAUCCCUGACAACAACGUGAGAGGGCUCAUAUCUCAUGUUAUCCGGACCUUGAAGAUGGACUGCUCUGAGACCCAAGUGCAAUUAGCCUGUGCUAAGCUCAUCUCCAGGACAGGCCUCCUGAUGAAGCUUCUCAGUGAACGGCAAGAAGUAAAGGCAUCCAAGGCAGAAUGGGAUACGGACCAGUGGAAAACCGAGAACUAUAUCAACGAGAACACGGAAGCCCAGAGUGAACAGAAAGAGCAGAGGUCAAGUGAGCACACUAAAGUUGUUCCAGGAUAUGGCUUCAGCAACAUACUCAUCCUGGCAGUAUCUGUGACUGUAAUUGUAACAAUUAUAAUCAUCAUUUUCUGUCUCAUUCAGAUAUACCGUCAUAGAAGGGCACCAAAGGACGAUGAAGAAGCAUUCCGAAGGGGCAUUUCCAGAUGUCUGCCACACAGGACAUCCUCACCGAAAAGUAUGACUCAGGGUAGCUUUUUCUUAAGACGGCCGCUCUGGCUUAGGGAUAUUACAGCUGGCCCUCCAUAUCUGCAGGUUCCUCAUCCAUGGAUUCAACUAACCAUGGAUGGAGAGUAUUUGGAAAAACAUUGGUCUGCCUCCUUUACCUACUCAAGAAACCCCUUCACCAUUAAUUUAUUGUUCUGUGUUUUUAUCUAUAGGAUCUUACCUAGCCAUAUGGCCUGCUGCCUCUGCCAAUUUAAAAAUAGCAUUGAGGUUGCCUGCAAGACAGUCAAGCUGCAUUGCAACAGUGCAUGUCUGACAAACACCAUACAUUGUCUUGAAAAAGCAUCUAUAGGGAAUCCCGAAGGAGCAUUCAUGAAGGUGUUACAAUCCCGGAAGAAGCACACCAGCACUGAGCUGACUAUUGAGCCAGAGACACCCUCAGACAGCAAUGGCAUCAACUUGUCAGGCUUUGGGAGUGAGCAGCUAGACAUCAAUGAUGAAAGUGAUGUUAUCAGUGCACUAAAUUAUAUCUUGCCUUAUUUCUCGGCAGGAAAUCUAGACGAUGGGGAGGCAAUGUUGUUACCGUUCAUUAAACUGCUUUUUUCAGGUUCGCAAGAUGGUGACAGGCCCCUGGGUAUUUUGAAAAACAAUAUAAAGAGCCCCUCUCUUCAACCUGCAUCCAACAACUCAACUUACAAAAAUAAAUUGAGAAAGCUGUAUUUUCUGGAAAAUGUGUUGGAUGCAAAAAUUCAAGAAAAAAUCGAUGAGGUUAAAAGGGAAGAAAAAACUGCCAUGCUUGUACAGUCCAGGCUUUUAGGUCCCAAAUUUAAAAGGCCAAUUUUGGGGACCAAAUUAGAAACUGCCCAACCACAGGAAAACAGCCUGGCAAAGAUUCAAAGUGUAGGGAAAAGCCUGGAGAGAGCAAACAGCGUCCUCAUGGGCCCAGGAAGCAUCCAGAGAAGGCACUUCAAAGAGGUGGGAAAGCAGAGCAUCAGGAGGGAACAGAGUGCCCAGGCAUUUGUGGAAAACACUGCCAAAGGAAAAAGGCCCGGGAGUGCGGCCCCAAGGGAAGUGGAACAGCCUCACCUGGUGCAGAGGCCCAAGAAGUUAGUGGGAAACACCAUCUACACCAAGCCUUUGUUCACCCAAGAGCAUAAGACAGGGGUCUCCUCUUUGCUGAAACCCUUCUCCAUGGGUGGGCCCUCUGCCUCCACCUCUGCAAAAGCCCAAUUUGAGAUCAAAAACAGUCUAAAGGCUCUGUUCUCUGCAGCAGAGAGCCUCAUAAAUUCCCCUUCAGAAGGGGCUUCUUCAUCUCAAGAAAAUCGUUUUCGAAAACUUUUUGCUCCUUCCAUUGAAACUGCUAUGCCAGAAGGCACCAUCUCUGAAGACACAACCUACAAUAAUCCUCCUGAGGCAGAUUCCACUGGAACUGCGUUCAACCUUGAGCCAACUGUUAAACAAACCCCUGAAAUAAAAUGGGAAUACAAUGACUUGGGCACUGACCUGUUUCCCAAGCCCAAAAACAAUUACCCAUUGCUCUCAUCCCCAGGUGAUCAGUUUGAAAUGCAGCUAAACCAGCAGCUACGGUCCCUCAUCCCUGACAACAACGUGAGAGGGCUCAUAUCUCAUGUUAUCCGGACCUUGAAGAUGGACUGCUCUGAGACCCAAGUGCAAUUAGCCUGUGCUAAGCUCAUCUCCAGGACAGGCCUCCUGAUGAAGCUUCUCAGUGAACGGCAAGAAGUAAAGGCAUCCAAGGCAGAAUGGGAUACGGACCAGUGGAAAACCGAGAACUAUAUCAACGAGAACACGGAAGCCCAGAGUGAACAGAAAGAGCAGAGGUCAAGUGAGCACACUAAAGUUGUUCCAAAAUAUGGCUUCAAUAACAUACUCAUCCUGGCAGUAUCUGUGACUGUAAUUAUAACAAUUAUAAUCAUCAUUUUCUGUCUCAUUCAGAUAUACCGUCAUAGAAGGGCACCAAAGGAUGAUGAAGAAGCAUUCUGAAGCUACUCGGGAGGCUCAGGCAAGGAGAAUUGCUUGAACCCAGGAGGCAGAGGUUGCAGUGAGCCGAGAUCACACCACUGCACACCAGCAUGGGCGACAGAGCAAGACUCCAUCUCAAAGAAAAAGCCAAGACUAGAGAUCCUUGCACCGCUAGGCUCCCAAAGUCUGGAUUCCAAGCAUCUCCAGGUUCCUAUUUUGGCAUAUUUAUAUAAUUUUUAUGCUUAAUUAAAAAAUACAUUUUAUGUAUCUGAAAUGUGUACAUGUUUUUUGGAGACAGGGUCUUGAUUUGUCACCCAGGCUGGAGUGCAGUGGUACAUUCAUAGCUCACUGUAGCCUCAAGCUCUUGGGCUCAAAAGAUCCUCCUGCUUCAGCCUCCAGAGUAGCUGGGGGGCUACAGGCAUGCACCACCAUACCCAGCUACAAAUCUUAUUAUUCCCAAAUGCUACCCCACCAUAUUCUAAAAACUCCCAAGAGUAAUAUUCUACUUUGCCCAGUUUGUCCUCAACUGAGCAGUUUUGGCUGAGCCCAGAGUUUCUGCUGGGCCAGCCUGUGGAUGAGCUGUGUCUCCCAGGCUGGUAUCCAUCCCUGCCUGUUGCCUGGGAGAGGGAGGGGCGCCCAGAGUCAGGUGGAACAAAACAUGACUGCCUAGGACUGCCCCUGUCUCCAUCUCACUGACGGCAAACCAUGGCUCAGAGGGCCAGCUCUUAAGUGAGACCUGAGUGCCAGAGAGAGGUGGACGCAAGGCCAACAGCUACCAAAUGAAUGAAAAUUCUGAUUCCAAUUAAACCUGCCAGAGAAAUAAAGCACUUGUGAAAAGAUAACGAAAUAAGGUGAUGUCUGAUUAGGGUAAACAUGAUGCAGACAAGAAAUGCAGCAGUUCAGAGGAGGGAAUGUCAGGCCGCCUGGGAAGAGUCCUUGAAAAAGACAGAAUGUGCCAGAUGCUGUGCCUGGUGCUGGGAAAGAGUUGACUAGGACAGCAUCCCUCUCAAAGGGCUCCUAGACUGGGGGGAGGAACGGACAUCUGAAUACAUCCUGAGUAGACAGCAUGAGACGGCAUAGUGGCAGUGGAGUCAAGCGUGGUUCUGCUCUCGGUCAGCUAGAAAGGAGUAGAUGUAUGGGUUAGCUUAGAAGAAGGGACGUGGAAAACAAGGUUUCUGAGCUGACAAGAGGAAGGAGAGGCCUUCUAGACGGGACUCUACAAAGGCAGAGAACCCCUAAGCAGAGUGAGCAUCAACCUCCACAGGUUAAGGGCUCAGUCACACAGGACCACCCCCACAUCAGAUCCCAGUUGCAAGGCCAGGCAUCACCUAUGCAUCUGACCAACUGGCUAUAAAUUGGAGGUCCCCACAACUCCCUCCUCAGGUUCGACCAUUUGCUAGAGCAGCUCACAGAACCCAGGAAAACAGUUUAUCUACUGUUACUGAUUUAUUACCAAGGAUACAUUAAAGGAUACAAAUGAACAGCCAGAUGAAUAACACAGGGUGAGGUCUGGAAGGGUCCUUGUGGAGUUGGGGUGCACCCUCCUCCUGGCACUUUACAAACUUUUGGGUAGGCGUUUGGGUGUCUGAGGCUUUGCAAAAGAAGAAGGUGGGAGUCCACGGUGGAGUCACAUGGUGAAGACCUGGUUAAGUCAGAAACCUGGAGAGGUGUCAUUCUAGCUGGGCAGCAGUUGACACACAACCUUCCUCUGAGUUGAUUGGAGAAGCACUUGGGAUUGACCCAAAGUUUGUUCUCAAAUGUUCUCACUGGAAUGAAAGCUGAGUGGUCUGCAGGCCAUAUAGUAUUGAAGAAAACAGCCAUCAUUGAAAACGGCUGCCAGAGUAAAGGUAUCUACAGGGAAACUUAGGGGUUGGUUUGUUUUGUUUUGUUUUUCUUGAGAUGGAGUUUCACUCUUAUUGCCCAGUCUGGAGUGUAAUGGCACGAUCUUGGCUCACUGCAUCUUCUGCCUCCUGGGUUCAAGCAAUUCUCCUGCCUCAGCCUCCCUAGUCUGGGAUUAUAGGCAUGCGCCACCACCCCAGCUAAUUUUUGUAUUUUUAGUAGAAAUGGGGUUUCACCAUGUUGCUCAGGCUGGUCUAGAACUCCUGACCUCAGGUGAUCCACCCACCCAGCCUGUUUUGGGGUGUGUGUGUGUGUGUUUGGAGACAGUCUCACUCUGUCGCCCAGCCUGGAGUGCAGUAGCGUGAUCUUGGCUCACUGCAACCUCUGCCUCCCAGGUUCAAGUGAUUCUCCUGCCUCAGCCUCUUGAAUAGUUAGGAUUACAGGCACCCACCACCACACCCGAAUACUUUUUAUUUUUAUUUUUUGUAAAAACAGAGUUUCACCAUGUUGGCCAGGCUGGUCUUUAACUCCUCACCUCAAGUGAUCCACCCACCUUGGCCUCCCAAAGUGCUGGGAUUACAGGCGUGAGCCACUGUACCCCACCAGGAAAUUCAGUUUCUGAAAAUACACCUGUGGAUCUCUAGCCGUGAAUAUCCUUGGAGGCUGCUUUAAAUGGCUGAUCCUCAAUGCCUCCCUUCUAACUCACAUGCCUGCUCUCCUAUAUGAAUCUCCCAGAAAAGGGGACCUCUUUUAUUCCUUUUUUUUUUUUUAAAGAUGGGCCUCACUUUUUUCCCCAGGCUGGUUUUGAACUCCCGGCCUCAAGUGAUCCUCCCGCCUUGGUCUCCCAAAGUACUGGGAUUACAGACGGGAGCCCCGCGCCCAGCAAAGCCUCUAUUAAGCCCUUGUGUGCUCACUCUGCGGUACUGCAGAGAGAGCGGGAAGGGAGCAGAGGUGCGCCGGCGUCUUCAGCUGGAAGUGAGCAGGGGGCUGAGGGUGGGAGAGGCCGGGAGCCUGGGGACGGGAGGAAGGACCGCAUCUUCACAGGGACGCCACCCCGACCCUGGAGGUCAGGACCUCGCCUAGCUCUGGCUCUGAGGUCCUGGAGGAAAGAGAUGGUGUUGCGACUCAGAAGAUCGGGGGAGGGCCAUCCCCAUUUGAGAAGAGUGAACAUCCCGAGCCUGAAGCAGAAGCGGAACUGGUUGGAGCCAAGGCUUUAGAGGUGGCGCUGGGAAGAGGGUCUGGCGCCGCCCUGUGGACCGUUUGGGGCUCGCCAGGCUGAAGGCUCCUAAAACCACAACCUGCGAACCAGAGUGAGGUUCCACGCGGAUGGGCCGCAGCCCCGGCCGGAGCCCCCACACUGGCCCUGGACUUCUCCACCGCCUUACGGCAGGAGAGCUCAAUAAGCUCCUUAUUUAACGCACUGUUGUAUCAGGUCCCUGUCGCAGCCGCUGGCCCUAUAGCCUAAUGAAGGAGCGGGUGCAUGCA